GUUACUUAAAUAGUUUGUUUGUUAGUGGGUGGCUGGCAGGUGUUCUUUUGUCGUUUGCUCUUUCCUGUCAAGCAUUACUAGCAAACAUCUACUGACCUUGUCUCUCCUCCUUUUUUGUGUUUGUUACUCUCUUGUAACACUUUUGAUCUUUGCCACUUAUCCAUUGCAUGAUCUAACUGUGUUGCAAGUGCCGUAAAAUGUUUACUAAAACUUUCUGUUCACAGACUACAACGUGAUCCUGUGGGUGAGGUCUUCCACUGACGAUACAACAUCCCUCGACAUCAAGUCUCACCCAAUCUCGAAGUCAGCUGUUCGUGAAUAGUAAGGCUUUUGUUGUUGAGUAAGGAUACGCGCAUCGGCACAGAACAACAGUCAUUUAGUGCAGCGAAACAAUACGGCAGAUAGACAGAAAUAACACAGAAGAGAAGAGGGAGUUCGCCGGAAAAGGAUUACGGCCCUUUCGAGCAUCUUAUCUUGACCUGAGAGCAGCAAGUUCAGCAGCAGAGACAGAAGUGAAAUUAGCAGCGACAGUCUGUCAUAUGAAAUGCUGGCAACAGCAACGACAACAAUACCAAAAACAAAUUUUUUCUUGGCUCCGAGGAUUAGCAUCACUUGAGCUGUAGUCAAGUAAAAGGAUACACUUAGAUUAAGGAAAAGCACCACAAAGCUCAUUUUCUAAAAAAAGAAAACAUCGGAAAAGUUCUGUCUCAAACCAAGAACAAUCGCCAUAAAGUUCAUUCUCAAGAAAAGGAACCGCCAAGAAGUUCGUUCUCAAGACAGGAAAACAUCCAAAAAGUUCUGUUUUCAUCAAAUCAAGGAAAACCGCCAAAAGGUUAUAUCUGUCGGAUACAAACAACAAACCCCAGUGUAAUCCUCUAGUGCCAUGCUUUAGCUUUACAGUUUUGAUCUCUCCGAGUUACCCAUCACCCCCCCCCCCCACUCACACACACACACACUCACACUCACCUUACCACGUUCACCACGAGCAGAAUGCGGGAGGCCACGGCCUCUUUCUCCUGAGACCAGACUUUGGGACUCUCUAGCUGCCCCUCCUCAGAGCUCUGCACGACUGGGUGCGCGGCCAUGCCAGGUUAUAGUUUGACUUUCGCGGAAAAACUUCGUAGACGAUGUUACUGUCCGCUGUGUCGUCUGCCGAUGAGGGACCCUGUCCUGGUGAGGACAUGUGGUCAUCGCUUCUGUGAUCUUUGCCUGCAGGAGUAUCUCAGUGGUGGAGUCUUCAAAUGUCCAGAGGAUGACAAACCACUAGACUAUGCCAAGCUUUACCCGGACUCUGAGGUGCAGACAGAAAUCAUGAACUCUGUGAUCCGCUGUACCUACCACAAAGACGGCUGUCGGUGGACGGACAAACUGCACAACUUGCCGACGCAUGCUGGUAACUGCCCGAAAGAGAUCAUCUGGUGCGAGAACAAAUGUGGUGCGAAACUGGAGCGGCGCUUUCUCUCCAACCACAUGAAAAACGAGUGCCACAAGCGGACAGUGCCCUGCCAGUACUGUGCCAGGGACUUUGUGCAAGAGACAUUGCAGUGCCCCCGCUACAGCCUUGACCUUCACCUUGAGGAGUGCAUGAAGACUCACCUUGAGCUGACCUGUGACCUGGUGAAACAGCAGCAGUUGCAGAUCUCCCAGCUGUGCUCAGCCCUACACACCAUCAGCCACACCACGGACGGCGUGUUCAUCUGGCGCAUCACGAACUACAAAGCCAAAUACAUCGAGGCCAUGUACAAAAACAACAAAGAGCUAGUCAGUCCGCCCUUCUACACGUCCCGCUUCGGCUACAAGGCCUGUCUCUCUGUCUUCCUCAACGGCAACGGCGCCGGCGAGGGGAAGUACGUGUCCCUGUACAUCAAACUGUUGCCUGGUGAUUACGACAACAUCCUCGAGUGGCCAUUCUCCCUUCCGGUGUCCUUCACCUUGUAUGACCAAUGCGCAGACACGGACAUGCGUGCUAGCCUGUCGGAGAGUUUCCUGCCAGAACCGGGGUGGAAACAUUUUCAGAAGCCGACUAAGUCUGCAGACUCUUUAGGCUUUGGUUAUCCCAAGUACGUUUCUCAUGAAAUUCUCAAAACCCGUGAUUAUAUCAAGGAUGAUUCACUUCUCAUCAAAGUUAGUGUGGACAAUACCGGUUUUGUGAAACCAUGACUUUUUAUAAGUACUGGUUUGAUCUAUGCAGAAUGAAACUGAGUCCAAGUUUGACGACAGCGCGCGCUUCGAUAUUUCGUUUGGUGCCAUGCUAGGCUAUGUUGUCCAUGGCCCUAGUUCGAGUCCUCAAUAGACAACAGUUGCUCGGAAAGUUGUCAUGGCCUUUCGCCGUCCUUGCACGGUCAACCAGAAGACACUAAACCGGAGGUCAAGCUUCUGAAAUAGCCUUACUGAUUUGAAAGGGGUGCUCAACCACAAAACACCACCACCAAGUCUGACGGAACUUUCGAGAAGCCUCAGACCGAGUAAAGAUUUGCCAGAGAGUACGGCGGUUAGGCAAAGGACGUUUUUCAACUGCCUGGCCUACUGAAUGAAAACGAUUUCAUUUCAGUCUCGCCAGCCUGAUGAAGUAUGAUAAGCCACGUCAACUUUCUCUUUAGGAUUGCGACAAUGAGGAUCUGAUAGAUUCAAUGAUGAUCUGUAUACGUAAGAAAUAACACGGUGAUAAGUUUGGAGACGCCAAGGAUUUGACGUGGGCAGAACGGCUUGAUAAAAGUGGCUGCUGAGUUUAUAAAAGGCCUGUCAAACGUGAUGAAGUUCAUUGGGGCCUUACAGACUCGUCAGGGAGAUUCGACGGGUUCGCUGGCGUCCAAUCGACGAGUGAAGAAUAUCUAACAAAGACACAGAAGUGUUUAUCAAUAACAAUUAUUCAAAUCUGAUAACUCUACUGUCGUCUGAUUGACAAGACUGAGGAGUUGAUUUGACAACUUUACAGGCAUCGUUCGGUAAUAAAUUCAAAUCUGACUGACAAAUUCUCUGGGGCCUUACUGACUGUGUUACACUUGCGAUAGCAAACGUUAUAAGAUGAAUUGACUAUUUACGUGGCUUCUUGCAGACAUGAUUGAGAUACGUUUUAGUGCGAUAUACAUAUCAUGCAGUUUAUUGUGUACAAACAGCCGAUGAGUUGGAAGCACACACAGCCUACAAUGGACACUGUUUUACUGUUGUGACGGACGCAAAGUUGCCCGUUUUCACAGACUUCAGGUUAAAGUGAGGCAGGCUGGUAGUCAUGAAGCUGCUCUCUUUAUCCAGAGGAGAUGUCCCGAGUUUUAUCACCAUAAAUGUCACACGGAAGGAUUUUUUUCCAGCUUUUGAUUUCGUUGCUCUCUGAGUGGCUAGUCUCAAUGCAGGCGAGUGCUAUUAAGUUAGCGACGUUUCAUAGAUGACCGAUCCAUGUUGAAAUUGGCUUACAAUACAGUCAAAAGGCACAGCUAAAGUGAAAGCUGUUGGGUGGAUGAGACGUUAAACCAUCAUCAGAGUACCCUUUCAACCGCCCUUAGUGUAAAAUUAUAGCUGUGUUACCUGUUUUCCUGAGAAAGGAAACAUUUUCAACUGCAGACAUCUUUUAACUCUUUUUGUUGUUGUCAUAUGACUUUGCAAUCGAAAAAUUGUGAUUUAUCUGGUUAUGGCAUAUAUGUUAAGUGACUAUUGUUAGUGCAACAUCGUGUAUGUGAGCGUGUGUGUGUGUGUGUGUGUGUGUGUGUGUGUGUGUGUGU